GGGGGAAAGAUGGCGGCGCCCGUCUCCGUCUGCCAUGUCGCCUGCUGUGCCAACCGGGUUGGCGGCGGGGUCGUAUCCUGGGGUCGUGAGGGGCUCCUCGCGUUCGGCAGCUGCCGGGAUGUCGUGCUCUACCAGCCGGCGGCCCGGCGGACGGUGGCGGCGCUCCGAGGGCACGGCGGCAGGGUGAGCUGCGUGCGCUGGAUCCGGCGGCGGGACGGCGCAACUGAAACAGAGUUAGUUUCUGGUGCAUCUGAUAAAAAGCUCAUUCUCUGGGAGUGGAAUGGGACAGAAGUUUGGAAUGAUCAGCUUGUGAAAAGCGUUCCUCUCGAAGGCCAUACUGAAGCUGUUUGUGCUGUGGAUGCUAUCUACCAAUCAGACGAACCUGAUUUAAAUCUGUUAAUAGCUUCUGCAGCAUCUGACUCUACUGUGAGAAUCUGGUCUCGGCGUGAUUCAGAAGUUAAAUGCAUUGAAGUUCUGCAAUUUGGAAAUGGAUUUGUUAUGGAUGUUUCCUUAUCCUUCUUGCCUGGCAGCAAUGUACCAAUUCUGGCUUGUGGUGGUGAUGACUGCAAAAUAAAUCUGUUUAUACAGCAGAAUGGUCAGUUUCAGAAAACAUUAACACUCCCUGGCCAUGAAGAUUGGAUAAGAGGCGUUGAAUGGGCGAUCUGUGGUGGUGAUCUAUUCUUAGCAAGCUGUGCUCAGGAUUGUUUGAUAAGAAUUUGGAAAGUGUGUACAAAAUCAAAGCAGUUUUCAGAAAUUGAAGAUGAUUCUAUCAGACUGAAAGAGAAUAUUUUUACUGUUAAAGAUACUGAUACAACAUAUGCAAUUACUUUGGAGUCUGUGUUGGCUGGCCAUGAAAACUGGGUGUACGCAGUCCACUGGCAACCUUCCUUUUCCAAAGUAGGUGGCAGCAUGCAACAACCAAUGAGGAUAUUGUCUGCAUCGAUGGAUAAAACUGUGAUCAUCUGGGAACCUGAUAAGGAAUCUGGAGUUUGGCUAGAACAGGUGCGGGUAGGUGAAGUGGGUGGCAAUACCCUUGGAUUUUUUGACUGCCAGUUUAGUCCAGAUGGUUCAAUGAUCAUUGCUCAUGCUUUUCAUGGAGCAUUCCACCUUUGGAAACAGGCUUCAGUUAGUAAGAAAGAAUGGACUCCAGAAGUUGUGAUUUCAGGACAUUUUAACAGUGUUGAGGAUGUACAGUGGGACCCAGAAGGAGAAUUUAUCAUCAGUGUUGGUUCUGAUCAAACUACUAGACUAUUUGCUCCAUGGAAAAGAAAAGACGAGACAGAGGUAACCUGGCAUGAAAUUGCACGGCCUCAAGUACAUGGGUAUGACAUGCGUUGUCUGGCAAUGAUUGGCCGGUUUCAGUUUGUGUCAGGAGCGGAUGAAAAGGUGCUUCGAGUUUUUUGUGCUCCCAAGAACUUUAUAGAAAAUUUCAGUAACAUCACUGGUAUUCCAAUGGAGAAGCUGUGUUCCCGUCUAUCUUCUGACCUUCCAGAAGGUGCAACUGUGCCAGCAUUGGGUUUAUCCAAUAAAGCUGUUUUUGAAGGAGAUAUAUCUGCUCAAGUAGCUGAGGAUGAAGAAACAUUUAAUACUAUUUCUAAUCAGUAUCCUGAGAUAUAUUUUCAACCCCUGAUCCUUACAGAACCUCCUCAAGAGGAUCACUUGCUGCAGAAUACAUUGUGGCCUGAAGUUCAGAAGUUGUAUGGACAUGGAUAUGAAAUAUUUUGUGUUGCUUGCAAUAAUUCAAACACUGUAAUUGCCUCGGCGUGUAAGGCUUCCAAAAAAGAACAUGCAGCAAUUAUUUUGUGGAGCACUUCUUCUUGGAAGAAAAUACAGAGUUUGCCAUUUCACAAUCUGACAGUUACUCAGCUGGCAUUUUCACCUAAUGACAAACUUCUAUUAGCGGUGUCUAGAGACAGAAAUUGGUCACUGUGGAGGGAAGAAGACUCAUCAGAGUCAGGACCAGUUUUCAGUUGCUGUGCAUACACAGACAAAAAUACAGCUGUUCACAGUCGAAUCAUUUGGUCUUGUGAUUGGACGCCAGAUAGCAAGUAUUUUGUUACUGGCAGUCGGGACAAAAAGGUCAUCAUCUGGGGUCAGUGUGAUUUACCUGUGACUACUGAAGGCAGUGUGUUGGAUUCAAUCAAACCUUGUUCAACAGUACUGGAUGCUGGAGAUUCUGUUACUGCCGUUAGUAUCAGCCGUGUGCUUACUCCUGAUGGAAGGUAUGUUGUUGCAAUAGGCUUAGAGAAUGGGAAGAUAAACUUUUAUACGUGGAAGCAGAGUGGACAAGAACCAUCAGUAGCUGACUGGACCAAGUGUGUUGAGAUGGAUAACAGCCAAAGCCAUGCUCUUGCUGUGAAACGUUUGUGUUGGAGACAUCGUGAGGGCAGAGCUGGACAUAAUGAUGAGAACAACAGCGAGUGGUUGCAGCUUGCAAGUUGUGGAGCUGAUCACUGUGUUAAAAUAUUCAAUGUCAACAGAUUUGCUCUUUAACAGAGACAGCAGGCCUGUCUGCAAAAUGAAUUCACAACACUUUUUCAGUAUUGUUUAAUCUUGUUUUUGAAUUCUCUUUUCUGCUGUGGAAAAUGAAACAUCUGAAAUAUAACUUAUUAAAACAACUUUGAUAAUUGGAAA